AUGGCUGAUGGGAUAGAUAUUCAAACACUUGUUAUCGACAACAAAACUACACGAUCCAAGGUUGGGUUUGCUGGGGAUGAUGCUCCAAGGACUGUUUUCAAAAGUAUAGUUGGCGUUCCUUAUCAUACUGGCGUUAUGAUGGGUAUGGGAGGAAAAUAUGCUUAUGUUGGUGAUGAAGCUCAGCGUAAAAUAGGUAUUUUGACUAAGAAAUAUCCUAUUGAACAUGGCAUGGUACAAAAUUGGGAUCAUAUGGAGAAAAUCUGGCAUCACAUAUUUUACAAUGAACUCUGUGUUGCUCCCGAGGAGCCUCCCAUUCUUCUGACUGAAGUGCCACUUAGCCCCAAAGCAAACUGGGAGAAAAUGACUGAAAUCAUGUUUGAGAUAUUCAGUGUUCUAUCCAUGUAUGUCGCAAUCUAG